GGUGACGGGCGGGGGGAGGAGCGGGACCAUGGCGGCGGCGGCGGCGGCGGCAGCGAUGAUCCUGUUGCUCCUACUCGGCGGCUUCAUGGCCGUCCGGCCCCAGGCGGCCGACAAAUACUCGCGCCUCAAGAACGAGGACGAGGCGACCCCGGGGAAAGAGUUCAGGGUCGCCAAACUCAGCCAGGUGUGGGACAAGGCGCAGAGGCUCCAACUGUCCCCAGUGAAGCUAGCAGAGCUGCACAGUGACCUGAAAAUCCAGGACAAAGAUGAGCUCAACUGGAAGAAGCUGAAGGCUGAUGGUUUGGAUGAGGACGGUGAGAAGGAAGCGAGGAUCCGUCGUAACUUCAACGUUAUCCUCACAAAGUACAAACUUGAUGGGCGAAUGAAAACCAUGCCUUCAGAAUCCAAUUACCUCAGGGAUUUGGGAGAUUCCGAAAAUGAUGUAUUUGAUGAUCCAAAACUAGAAAAAUUAUGGAAUAAGGCAACGACAUCGGGGAAAUUUAGCGAUGAAGAAGUUCGGAAACUGCGCCGUGAGUUUCUGCAUCACCAGGACAAGAUUCAGGAGUAUCACAUCCUGAGGGAGACUGUCAGCAGGAGUGAAGACAUACAUCAGAACGCGAUCAGCCCUGGUGAAGCCCACGUCCAGGAAGAUUUACUACACACCAAGCAUGCAGAGUUGAAGGACAAGCACCUCAAUGUCCAAGAAAGUUUUGGGCGUUUGCGCAAACUGAUCCACCAAGGCUACGAUGAGGACAGUGAAUUUUCUGAACCUAGAGUUCUUGAGCUGUGGGAUAUGGCCAAACAGUCGAAUUUCUCACAUGAUGAGCUGGAUUCCAUUAAGGAGGAGCUGAAACACUUUGAGGUGAAGAUUGAGAAGCACCACCAUUAUCAGGAGCAGCUCGACCUAUCUCACCAGAAGCUAAAACAUGUGGAGACUAUUGGAGACAAGGAACAUCUAUCUCGAAAUAAAGAAAAGUAUAAAAUGCUGACAGAAAAAACGAAAGAACUCGGCUACAAGGUAAAAAAGCAUAUGCAAGAUCUUCUGGCCAGACUCUCAAGGGGAGGACUAAACCAUAAUGAGUUGUGACUCUCCUGUUAUCCCCACCCUGUCGUAUAGUCGGGUGCAGGUGGAACCCUGCAGCAGAGAUAAGUACCAAAUAAUCAUUAAUCACUGGUUCUCAGCACUCAGAUUUUUCUAUAAUUGUCUUUUGUGCAAAUUGUUGAAGCUACUGGAAUGUAACCCAGCAGCACACUAGAUUCAUGCCGUUGAUUAUUGCUGAUGACCAAGUUGCUGAUGAAAACAAUUUACAAGAUCUGUAUAAUAAAACACACCAUCUCUGUUCAAUCAAAAUCACUGAUUUCUGAACCUUCUGUACAAUUCUUUUUGCAGAUGGCUGACUUUGGCUUUCAAUCAAUAAUUAGGUCUGAGUGAACGAACAGAUGUAUAGUGCUCAACUCGGCUUUGUCUCAGUAACUGAGUUUAUGAACUGAAACGUGUUAAUCAAGUGAUGCACCUUCCCAAUUGCAGCUUAUCCAUGACAGGGUAUUUCCUCCCCAGCAAUCUCUGACAUUCACAAAGGAGGCAGGAUUAAUAUUUCCUUUGAAGCUGCAACCUCUCCUCCGAAUCUCUUAAGGCCAGUCUUGCUAUCAAAUUGUACCCAUUUUGUCAUAUUUUCUAGCACCUUUACUUCUCGAAUGCCAUAAUAACACAUUCUUGGUCACUCACUAUGCCUUUACUUACAGAUAUGGAAGAUCCUGAUAACAUAAGGCUCCGUCUCUACCCAGCAUCAAGUAGUCAUGCAAGCCGUCAGAAUGUGACUAAGUAUCCAAGCAUAAUUAUAUUCUUUCAUUCUUGCACCGUUGUAGACCACCUACAGUUGUCCCUGUGCCUCCUGUAUAAAAUUCUCAUCCUUAUAACUCAAUGCACUUGACCUUCCCUGUCUCUAACCAUCCUAACUCCCUAGGAAUUCCAAAGCGGUAGAUGGGUUUAUCAGAAUCUCUUCUGAUUUCCAGGCUUGGGAAGGUGUAAACAUGAGGGAAUGUAGUAAAAAGUGAAAGCCAAGUGACUCUGGGUAUGGUGGAAAACCUCCCAACUCAGCACUUGUGUUGUAAAGACAAUGUCAUAAAAGCUUGCAUGACAUCAACGUUUGCCCUGUGCUGAGGUUUUUAGUUGAGUGCUUCAUUUCCCAGCCUUCCCCAUGUCCAAGCACCUCGUUCCUUCAGUUGAUGACAGGCGGUGAAGCAAUGUUGGACUGGAAAGCAUACGUGGCGGCUGUCCUACAAGACAGCACUAUUGCGGACAUUGCAAUUGUCGGAUGCACCCCCAAGAACAAAUCCAUCUGGGCAUGCAGAAGCGAUGGUGUAUUUGGCCGCAUUACAUCCCAGGAGAUUGAAGUGAUCAUCGACACCGACAGGAAGUGUAUCCUCCAAAACGGCAUAACCAUUGGUGGGAAGAAGUAUUCCAUCAUCCGGGAUAACAUGCUGUUGGAAAAUGAUCCUUCCAUGGAUAUCAGGACACUGGGUAAUGAGGGCAUGAGCAUUUGUAUUGGGAAAUCUACCAAAGCCUUGAUGAUUCUGAUGGGCCAGAAAGGAGUUCAUGGAGGUGUCAUCAACAAGAAGAUGCAUGACAUGGUGGACUUUCUAAGUAGAAAUGGCAACAUCUAAAUGGUCAAGUAUGAAAUAAAGGUGAUGACCCCUAUAAA